UGCGUGUCUCAUGAUAAGCUUUCAGAUAAACUAGCCUACACAUUCACUUGAGAUUUCAGUGGAGUUUCCUUGUGAUUCAUUUACCACCUUACCAUGGAGUCUGUGACUCGUUUACUGAAACGCUUUGCUCCCUCACCAUCACCACUUCCCAAAGUGAAGAUGACUGAAUGCAGUAACAACCAUGUCCCUACACCACCUCAUAGGAAGGUCACAGCUGUCAUUGUUGGUGCAGGUAACAGAGGAAAGAAUUAUGCUGGGUAUGCUGAGCAGUUUCCUGACCUGAUGCAAGUGGUAGCUGUAGCUGAACCUAGAGAAUAUGCUCGCUCUUUUAUCCAGAAACGACACUCUUUACCACAGGAUCGGUGUUAUCCAGGCUGGGAGUCCCUUGAAACAGUAGAAAAACUUGCUGAUUGUGCUAUUAUUGCUACUCAAGACCAGCAGCAUGUACAGCCAGCAAUUGCUUUUGCUAAGAAAGGGUACCAUAUCUUGCUGGAAAAACCGAUGGCAGUGACAGAAGAAGACUGCCGUGCUAUUUAUAAAGCUUGCAGAGAUGCUGGUGUUAUUCUGGCUGUGUGUCAUGUGCUGAGAUACCAUCCCCCGGCCAAGAAGCUGAAGGACCUGAUUGACUCCGGCAUUAUUGGUGAUGUUGUGAACAUAAACCACACGGAACCAGUGGGAUUUUGGCACUUUGCUCAUUCUUUUGUUCGAGGAAAUUGGGGAAAUACAAAGAAGAGCACUUUUUCAUUGAUGGCAAAAUGUUGUCAUGAUGUUGAUCUCAUUUCUUACUGGGUGGGCAACAAAGAGUGUGUCAAGAUCUCGUCCUUUGGAUCUUUGCAUCAUUUCAGAAAGGAGAAAAAACCUGUAGGUGCUGGGAGCCGCUGUCUUCAGUGUGGAGUUGAGCCUGGAUGUCCUUACUCAGCCAAGAAGAUCUACCUUGACCCAGCCCCUGACAGACCACACUGGCCUAUGAGUGUUGUGUGUGACAUUGAAGAUGCUCCCGAAGGAUAUCUCCACAAACUGAAAGAAGCUAUUGAAAAUGGUCCUUAUGGGAGGUGUGUGUAUGAAUCUGAUAAUGAUGUCUGUGACAAUCAGGUGGUAAACUUUGAGUUCAUAGAUGGAGCCACAGCAACUCUCACCAUGGUGGCUUUCAGUGAGCAGAUCUGCCAAAGGAAGACUGAGAUUUAUGGUACAAUGGGUCAGCUGGUCUGGGAUGAAUCAAGAGGCCUUAAAGUUUCACAUUUUGACUUUGCAACCCAGACAUAUAAAGUCUACCAGUGUGAAAAGAAUGAAGAAGCUGCUGGCUGGGGUCAUGGAGGAGCAGACUUCUUCAUGAUGAAGGCAUUUGUUGAAGCUGUUGCCUGUGGUGACAGUCAUAGUAUUGUGACAGGCCCAAAAGUGUCUUUGAAAACACAUCUGUUGGCAUUUGCUGCUGAAGAAUCAAGACUUACAGGGUCAGUAGUGAAGCCCAGUGAGGACCCACGCUGGAAGGUAUAACACACAGGACCAGCAUGUGUGUGUGUGUGUGUGUGUGUGUGUGUGUGUGUGUGUGUGUCAUUGUUGCACCAUUCCUAUGUCAGUGUUUUGGUUUGUAUCAGCAAAAAUACACAAUCAUUCAUUGAUUAGACUUAAGAAACUUUCAUGUAUGUUGACUAACAAGAGAAUGAAGAAAGGGCAGGAGAGGGCAGCUAAAUGAAUAAGUACUGUGUCAGAUUUGGAGAAUAAGGAAUGGGUCAGUUCAUUGAGACAUCUUGUUGCCAAUUGAUAGUCUUAGCUUCUCAUGAUGGUUCAUCUUUACUAAACCCUGUAAGUUGUGUCUAGUCACUGAUGUGUCAGUUUUCAUAUGAAAUUUCUUUUCCUAUCUCAAGUGUUCCAAAGGUGAAUUCUGCAUUAUGUGUUUGGCCAGUAUAGAAAGGUGUGAUAGUGCUUUGAUCUUGUGAUGAACAGCAAUUCAGUGCCUACGUAAUCUAUUGGAGGAUGAAAAUGUAUGUGGUGUAUUAAAUAAAAUAAAAUGAAUGAAUAGAUUAUAAUGAAUAGACUAGUAGUUAUAUUUUUUGAUAAGUACUUGACAAUAUAAGCAGAUAAAAGAGAUUUCCUGUGUUGAUUUCAGCUGUAGCAUUACUUUGGCUACAUUUUUUCAAGAGGAUAUCAAUCUGGUAUUAUAUAGAUUGUACUAAUAUUCCUACUUCAUCUACUACUGCUACUGCUGCUAGUAUUACAUAGAUGUUAUUUUGGAAGUGUCUUUAUAUUUUAGUUUUAUUUUGUUUCUUGUUGAUUAAAAUAUUUUUGUAUUA